ACAACAGCAGAUGGAACGACUGUCAUAUCCCAGCCACAAGUGGUCGCCACUGCUGGUGGCGCUGGUGGUCUUCAAGUUCUCCAAGUUAUUCAACCGACUACAGUUCAGACAUCUGCUUCUGUCAACGCAGCGUCAGGUGUUGGUGUUGCAAAUGCCUCGUCUCCAGUUUCGGGGGUGAAUGCAGCUGGACAUGCACAUGAUGCCAAUGGGGCUGUUCAACGAGUCACUGCACAAACACUUCAAAUUCAG